AUGAUAGACUAUUAUCAGCAAAACAUUGGGAUAAGCGAUCCCGCCGGUUGCCUUCCGAAACGUCUCCUCGAGGGAUUCGAUCCUUCUGGUACUCCUUUUGAGCAAAUUUACCUUAUGAACUUCACGCUGUUCAACUGCUCAGACGAUGCACCGGCGUUACAACUUGGACUAAGACCUAUUCCUUGUCUUAGUGGUGAAAAUAAUUCUGUUGUGGCUGUACCCGUAGAUCGUCUCGAUCUGUUCGCAUCAUUAUCGUCGACGUGCCCGAAUAGAACGACGGUUUCACUCUCGGUUUGGGAAUCCUUUAAGUUGUGGGAAAAACUUGGUGAUCGGAUCAUUUUAACAUGGAAAGAACCAGAUUGCAAAUUGUGUCUAAAAUAUCAAGGAACUUGCCAGUUCAAGAAACAUGCAGGCCAGGAGGUUGGAUGCUCUGUAGUUAUAGAUCAAGGUACCAAAUAUGCCAUAACUUUUAUUGUGGGAACACCCAUCUUCUUCCUUGUGGUGUUUUUGAUUUAUUACAAUGUCCAAGUUGGUCGUCAAGAUCAACGCCACCACUCCAAUGUCGAAAUCUCCAGCUUUGCUGAACCGCAAAUGGCUGCCGCUGUACGAAGGAUUGAAGCCUAUCCAAUUACUUUGCUUGGUGAAAGCUGCCGGCUAUCAAGGCCUAAUGAUGAUACUUGUACAAUAUGUCUAUCGGACUACAAAGCCAAAGAGAUAAUAAGAACCAUACCUGAUUGCGAUCACUACUUUCAUGCUGAUUGCAUAGAUAAGUUGCUUAGACUAAAUGCAUCAUGCCCUGUCUGUCGCAAUACGCCAGAUCAAGAGACCGCUUUGAUCAACCAUUCUACAUUAUCCCCUUCGUCCUCACCGCCACCGUAG